AUGAAUAUCAGUGAGAAAUUGCAGCAGGUAAAUGAAGAAGAGUUGACAGAUGCAAGGAGGUUCAGAAGCUUGGUUGGAGGUGUAAUAUAUUUGACACAUACUAGACCUGAUAUUGCAUAUCCUAUUGGUGUUUUUUCCUGGUUUAUGCAACAACCUUCAAAGGUACAUUAUGGAGCAACAAAGAGAGUCUUGUGGUACAUUGCUGGAACUUUGAACUUUAGUUCAUGUGUGGUGACUUGGAGUUCAAAGAAGCAAGCUACAUCAUCAUUAUCAACUUUAGAAGCUGAGUACAUUGCAACAACUUCAAUAGCUUGUCAAGCCGUCUGGCUAAGGAGAGUGUUGGCAAAUCUUCAAUAG